AUGAAUUUAUGUGAUUUUUUUUCUCAAGUUCGACCAGAUCUUCCAGAAGAAUAUAUUCAAAUGAUCUUAGUUGAACGAUGGAUGAAAUCUUUACAUACAUCUGAAUCUAUUGCUCAACACGUAACUAUCUUUGAACAAGAUCUUUGUCAAUUAGUGGAACAAUUGAAGCAAUUUGUCUUUCUGGAUAUUUACCGUUUAACUUCUUGUGAAAAAGUAGACGCUUAUCAUUCAAUGGUUAAAACUCGUUUUCCUAAUAGUCGAAGUCAUGUUGAUAUAUCAAGAUUUUCUCUUUGGCUUUGA